AAGCAAAGGAGGAGCUGUGCAAGCGGGUUUCCUCCUCCUCCCCAUAGAAACAUAUAGGCAGAUCCCUUUCUAUGCAGUAAGACCGGGCUCCGGCUAAGCUGUCAGGUGUCAUAGCGAGUGGGAGCCGGGAGAUGCGCUUGUGAGAGCACCGGGUUCCGCGCAUCACCUUGCCCUGCUGCCCGCCUGCUUUGUUUCAUUCAUAGAGAAGGACCCAGACGCGGUACCAAGGUGAGUCCCUUACCGCCAGCUGCCCGGAACCAGUGGAGGAGCUCCGGGCAGCCUCUCAUGAUGUGCCUUGAGAGUGACGGAGUGGGCACGGUGUCUAACAGCCAGGGCUGCAUUCCGGGAGCAGAGGAGCGGGGCUUGGAGACUCUGCCGGGAAGGAUGAACCCCACUAGCCUGGAUGUGAAAGCCGUGGAGCUGGAGAGUUCCAGCAGCAAGCCCGACAAGGCAUACAACUGGAAGCGUGCCAGUGUGGCAGCAGCGGGCAUCCUCAGCGUGGGCAACGUGCUCAACUACCUGGAUAGGUACACAGUGGCAGGAGUUUUGCUGGACAUACAGCAGCACUUUGAAGUCAAGGAUAGUGGAGCCGGACUUCUACAGACAGUUUUCAUCUGUAGCUUCAUGGUGGCGGCACCAAUUUUUGGUUAUUUAGGAGAUCGUUUCAACAGAAAAGUUAUUCUCAGUAGUGGGAUAUUUUUCUGGUCAGCUAUCACCUUCUCAAGUUCCUUCAUUCCAAAAAAGUAUUUCUGGCUUCUCGUCCUUUCUCGAGGCUUAGUUGGCAUUGGAGAGGCAAGUUACUCAACCAUUGCCCCCACCAUAAUUGGCGACCUUUUUACGAAGAACACACGUACCCUUAUGCUCUCUGUCUUCUACUUUGCUAUCCCACUUGGAAGUGGCCUUGGUUACAUCACUGGAUCAAGUGUUAAGCAAGUUGCAGGGGACUGGCGUUGGGCCUUAAGGGUUUCCCCGGUACUGGGCGUGAUUACUGGUACUCUGUUGUUAAUAUUUGUCCCCACAGCAAAGCGAGGCCAUGCUGAGCAGCUAAAGGGGAGCUCUUGGAUCCGAGACAUGAGGGGACUCAUAAAGAACCGCAGCUAUGUCUUCUCAUCGUUGGCAACAUCCACUGUAUCGUUUGCAACAGGUGCUUUGGGCAUGUGGAUACCACUGUAUCUAUAUCGAGCUCAGGUGGUCCAGAAAUCAGUGGAACCAUGUAACAUCCCACCCUGCAGCACCAAGGAUAGUUUGAUAUUCGGAGCAAUCACUUGUCUAACAGGCUUUCUAGGUGUAAUCAUUGGUGCGGGAGCAACUAAAUGGUGUCGCCGGAAAACUCAGCGUGCUGACCCGCUUGUCUGUGCUGUUGGCAUGCUUGGAUCCGCCAUCUUUAUCUGCCUGGUCUUUGUUGCUGCUAAAACCAGCAUCAUAGCUGCCUAUAUCUGUAUAUUUGCGGGGGAAACUCUUCUGUUCUCUAACUGGGCCAUAACAGCUGAUAUGUUAAUGUAUGUGGUCAUACCAACACGGCGAGCAACAGCUGUUGCUUUACAGAGUUUUACGUCUCAUCUUCUAGGGGAUGCUGGUAGUCCAUACCUGAUUGGAUUUAUCUCAGACCUUAUCCAGCAGAGCACCACCAAGUCUUCCCUUUGGGAGUUCCUCAGCCUUGGCUACGCACUUAUGCUCUGUCCCUUUGUUGUUGUCCUUGGGGGGAUGUUCUUUUUGGCCACAGCCCUCUUCUUCUUGGAAGACAGAGAAAAAGCAGAGAAACUGGUGAAUCAACUCAUGAUGCCGUCAACUGCUGUAAAGGUCUGAUAAGAACAAUCCAGGUAUAUAAGGAAGAUCUGACAGUUCCUGGGAUACCCCACCUGCACCUCGAAGGCUGCAUCUUGGGGAUUCUGAUGAAGAAAACAAAAGAAAAUGAAGGAUCAUCCCUCACACAGACCCUUCAUUAUAAUCCAAUCAAUAAACUAAACCAUUACAAAAGAACUCAACACUGAAAGGUAAAAUUGCCAAUAUUUGCAGUUUAUGAAGAAAAUUGAGACUAUGCAAAGUAACUCCGGACACAUGAAGUAUUUUUUUUCGAAGUGACCGCCUUCUUUGGCUAGUAGAUGUGUUCCCAGAAGGUAAAGUGGAUGCACUGAAUCUUCAUCAUUCCAAUGUAUGACUAUACAACUGUAUACAUCACACUGUGAUCAGUGGGGAAGAAAUCAACAGCAGCCAUUGCUCGGAAUCUCAGACUUCUUUGCAGAGAAGCCAACCAAGUGGGUAACGCCAGGCAGCAGGCAACUUUCAGUGUGCAAGUGUGCAGCAUUACAUAUCCCGCUGUCCCAUAAAAUGAUACUGGGAGCUGGAGAGAUAAAGGGUCAUAUCCCUAAUGGUAACAUUUUAUUACAUAUUGUUGAGGAAUACUUUGUUUAGAUGAAGACAAUGUAUGUAUACUAGCUGUAUAUACCUUUUUUUUUUUUUUUACAAGUCUGUAUAUAAAUACAUAGAGAUAUAUGUAUAUAUAUUUUACACAUGCCAAAAUUUUAUUUAAACCUUGAGCAGUUCCAAAGGCUCACGUUUCUACUAUCAGUGGAUAUUAAUGGAUAUUUAUUCGCUAAAGUCUGCAUUGCAACAGCUUUAAUAUUUAAUUAUUCAGCAAAAGCUAGAAAGUGAAUGUGUUACUAACGUUUUUUGUUUACAUACUGCGUUAAAAAUGUGUGAUGAAAUUUCUUCCUUGUUUGAUGCACCUGAUGGAAGAAAUGGAUGAGAUUUUUAGGCAGUCAAUGGUUUACAGUUUGGAUGUAAUACAAAGACAAAAUUGAAGAAUAUCAGCAGUGUAUGAAUAUGAUUACAGUGUUAGCUUGGGGGAGAAGCUUCAAUGUAUUGCAAAGAACCAUGCAAGGUCAGAGGUCUGGUCUUAAAAAAAUCUAUAUAUAUUUAAAAAAGCAAUACUGCUGGGGAGUGCAGCCUUCCAGAAUCACCCACCCUGAUGUGACCCUGGAUGCAGCCAUAUUUACGACUGUGAUUUUCUACAAGCAUCUCUAAUGUUUUAAAAGUUUUCUGCUUUUUUCAAGCCUGGUAAUUUUGGGGUUCAUGCUCCUGAUGUGUGAAGAGUUAUAACUCAUCAUAAGUUUUGAUGGACUGUUUCGCCAUUUUAGCAGUGAACAGCAGCUAUCAGGCCAGGUUUGAACCUUUCCUGAUUCCCAAUACUAACUUGAAAAAAUAUUGCCUUAAUUUACAAAAACAUGGAACCAAAACUGAAAUAUACAGACAUUAAUCAGACGAAUAAAUGUUCACAAUUUUUAAUUCUACCAAAAUUCUUAAAAUACUUUUACAUUCUAUACUCUUUUUUCCCAUUAUUUAUCUACAGCACAUAGCUUACCUUUACAUCCUGUACUGCAUUAGGCUUUCUUGCUGGCUUGCAAGUUGGAAUGCCAAAUAUUUGAGCUCUGUGCAGAAGUUUAUAAGCAUUUAUGCUUAUGGCGACCAAGAUGUAUAGAAACCUGCUAUGCACACUGUAACAGAACAGACUAGGCCAUUGUAUUAUAGAACUAUUCAUUGUACACAGAGCUGUAUUUUGAAAGUUUCAGGCACACAGUGCCCUGCUUUGCAGCUUACGACCUAAAUUUUUUGCCUGAGGCGCAAAGACAUUAAACCUGGGUUUUGGCAGCCCAUGGUAGGCACGUGCCCCACUUACCAUCAUAAGCCAAGGGACUUCCUUUGAAAUAUAGGGAGCUGACAAAAGAACCACAUCCAGAUCUGCCAAUGUGUUUGUCUAAUAAGAGACUAUGGUUCAGAAUGUUAGGAUAUUGGGAGAUAAUGCAGUCAUUUGCACUGGAAGCUAUAUCUCUGUGCCGUAACUCAAAAAACUGCAUUCUUGCAAAGUUCUGAAACCUCAUAUAUUCUAGUAGCCUUAGUUGAUAACCCCACCAGACCCACCUAACCUGAGCAAGUAAGAAUCAUGAAAUUAAAAUGUUAAUGUUAGUGUAUACCAUUGUGACAUUGCUUUAAGGCUACACAGAUUUUGCCACUCAGGCAGAUAACUGCAGUCAAAGCAGCUCUUUCUGCUAGUCAGUGCUAUUCUCAGAGAUGUAUGGGAAGCAUUCUGCCUGUAGCUGGGGACCAUUACCUGUAACCAGCAGGUCUGCCAUGGGCAGAACAUUUUCUAUCAGGCCAAGACUGGCUAUGGAUUCUGGCAAAUGCCAGAGGGGCUGCUGUAAAAUGGCAGUAAUUGGGCAGGUGGAGGGCUGUUUGGGCCUCUGUGUACUUGGAAUGCCAGGGCCUAUUUUAAAUCAAAUUAGCCCAGACCUGUUUUCCAAACACAUAUAUAGGAAAUGUGACUGGUGGGUAGGAGUGUUUUGACUGCUGGUAUUUUCCACAUGUGUCUGAUGGAGGUGAAAAUGCCUUGUGUAGCAUUAGCUUUAAGGAAAAACUAGAGAAUUGCAGUAAGGCUAGCUUAGAGUUUCCUAAGCUAAAAAGCAUGUAGAAUUCAAUGUUAAAAAGAGUGUUUGGCAACACCCACUGUAUUCAGUAUCCCAGUAUUCUCUUUUCUAUAACCAUUAAUGAAGACCCCUUAUUUACAAAUGGAAGCAUAUCUAAGGUUGUCAGUGGAACAUAGUAGUUCAACCUCUGGAUGACAGCAAAUUGUCCAUCUCUGUACUGUACAUUACAUUGGCCAAGAGAGUUGUUUGGCCACAUCCAGAAGACAUUUUGACAAAUAGAAAGUGGCAAUACAAAUUCCUCUUAAUUAGCUGAACCAAACAGCAUAUUGUCAGUUAAGAUAGCUAUACACAGUAAGAUCUAUCCCCCCCGAUAUUCCCACCUUGAAAAGUCAAUAUCGUGCUAAACGAUUGCUUUAUAAUAUAGGAGAUAGGAAAGGUUAGAGGGAGGACACAUCAGUAAGCUUAUGUGGCCCCCCAUCCGAUUAAAUAAUCACUGGCCAAUUUUCAGGUAGGGCAGUCAGAAGGGCUCUAUACAUGGGCAGAUCGGUCUACAAGACUCAAAUCAGCAGCUGAAAUCUGUAUGGUGCCUUAAAUUAAUAAUAACAUUAGGUGGUAUGAAUGUGAAUCUCUGAUGGGUUAGGUUAUAGUAUAUAUAUAUAUAUAAGUAAAGUAAAGUAAAGCAAAGUAAGGAAUCACUGGCACUCACGUGAAGAUUCACAAAAAGAUGCCUGGGUGCAGCAAUCAAAACCAGGGAAACAUCGAUGAAAAGGAAGCCGCUCUCACAGGACUUAUGUUCAAAAACGUAUGUAGUUUAUUCAACUGGUGAACUGACGUUUCGGCUGAACCUCAGCCUUUCUCAAAGUUGCGAGAAAGGCUGAGGUUCAGCCGAAACGUCAGUUCACCAGUUGAAUAAACUACAUACGUUUUUGAACAUAAGUCCUGUGAGAGCGGCUUCCUUUUCAUCGGUGGCUCCUUGAUGACUGAAUUUGCAAAAUGUCUCCUGUGCUUAGGCAACACUGGGUCAGGAAUAUAUUUAAGCAGCUGAUAGACCUGGAAUUAUUUUCAUUUAACUGAUAGGCGCUCCUUUGCAAUAUAUUGUAGUCUUCUCCAGGGAUGGGGCAAGAAAAGGUAAUUUAAUUCCCUAAGGAAUGUAGAGCAUUGAAUAAAAUACAUAGGAGAAUAACAAUGCAAUUAAAGGUUUUUCUACCAGGAACAUGUAAAUUUGGCCCAGUGUGUGGGAGUGGUAGUUCACCAACACCUAUAGGGCUGCCGGCAGGGGUAUAUCUAAUGCUAUCCAUUCGUGUAUGAUGUCAAUACUAACUGAACAAAAUGGGAACAAACCAAUGGUGCUCAGUGUCUGUGCUACAAAUACUUUAUGUAUAUUGUUAUAUGUUUCAGGUUGAUUACAGCUGAGAUAGCUCAUAGAGUGGUAGAUCACUACGGCUACAUACACGUUGGUGUUUAUUAGCACCUAUUAGAAUAGAUUGUGCUGUGUAUGAUUGCACCUUGUACUCACGCCCAGCGGAGAGGCUUUACUUUAUAUGGGGGGACGAGGGUCAGAUGAAUGGUAAAUAUAGCAUAAUGUCCGUCAGUAUCCAGUAUUGUAUUUACCAUAAACCAAACCUUUUCCCCCCUCUGGGCGCAUUCAUGGUGCACUCAAAUGCUGCACACCUUAACCAAAUACAGUAUGACAUGCACUCAUGUCUGUGUAGCCAUAGAGAUACUGAAGCACAGCUAUGUCUCAAAACCAGUCUGGCAGACAGUGCCUGGGGGAAUACUGAUCAGAACAUUUUAGGAACAGGUUUUUUUGUUUAACUCAUUCAUUGUCUUUUUUUGUCUGUAAUCCAGAAUAUCAUUUUGUACAAGCUGAUCCCGUAACAAAACAAAAAACAUUUGUAUUGUGUUAAAUGUGAAAUGUUAACACUUUUGCUACGGGGAAACCCUGGAAGAGCUGGUCCCUUUAUGUACCGACUACGACACCAGCACUUAAACAAAAUAUCAGUUUUACUAUGUGAUGUACACAAGCGGAUGUUUUCUUGUUAUACAAGAACUAAAGUACAAUAGCUUUCUGAUUUGUUCAGGAAUAAAACAAAAGGACUAUAUUAUUUUUUAGAGAAAUUGUAAACCUCAGAGUAUAAGAAAAAGCCAAAUAUAUACAUUUAUGUAAAUGAUAUACAAAAUAAACUAUUUAAAGCAAA